GGUUCCGGUUCCGCUUUCGAGUAAAAAGUAAACAAUCUUUCUAUGAUGUAAAAAAGGCCAAGUAAAUCACUUAUACGCUGGAUAGAAAGCAGAAAUACCGACAAAAUGAUGUAUAAAGCUACGUAAGGUGAAUGCUGAUAUGACUUUUUGAAAUAUUUAUGAAAAUUUAUCGAAAAUUUCGAGUGUCUGGUGUUUAACGUAUAACGUUAAGUGGGUGGGAUAUCUCAGGUAAAAAAUUUACCUGUACACAUCACCUGAUUAAAAAUUCGUCACGCUUGAUCGAACUUUAGCUAUGAAAAGUACUGUUUAGUUAAAAAGCAGUUAUGUAACAUAAUUAUAAUAUACAUAUAUCAUUGAAAAUGAGCUCGCGGACAAAGCGAGGGCUUUCAUCAACAAACAGUGAAGGAGAAUGUACUAGCGCUUUAGACUCAACAGUCUUUAAAGAUUCAGAUUUUUCGCCAAUUGACGAAAAAAAGAAGAAGGAAAAACAAAAGCAGAAAAACAAAAAACAAUGGCUGAUUUUAUGGAAACAUCUAAUAAACAAGAUCUUCUAGGUAAUAAAUCCGUAGAAAAAAUGUUAGACACGAUAAAUGAAAAAUUGUCAAAUGUAAUUACAAAAAGUGAUAUUUCUUUAAUAAGACAGGUUGUCAUUGACACCGUAAAUGAAAUGAAAGAGCAGUUUCUCAGCUCACUCGUAAAGCGUUUGGAAAUACUUGAGGGGAGUGUCCAUGACCAGGCGUCUGAAACAGAUCAACUUAAAAAAGAUUUGAAAAACAAACAAAAUGAAUUAGAUGAAAUAAAGGACAAAAUGCAAUGUAUUCGUGAUAGGGUCAGACGAGAAACUGAAACAAAUGACAGGGUUUUAAAUGACCUAGAGCAGUACAGCCGCAGAAACAACAUUAGAAUAUAUGGUGUUCCUGGCGAUUCAGAAAAACAGUCCUCUCAGGAAACAACUACAAAGGUCGUGUCCCUUUUGAACGAAAAACUUUCAAUGUCAAUAACAGAAGAGAACAUUGAUAUAGCACACAGGCUAGGGCAGUACAAAGGGAAAGAUCGACCUGUUAUUGUAAAGUUUGUACGAAGACAAGUUAAAAAUGAAGUUUUCGAAAAAAUAAAGAGAUUGAAAACAACAAAUAUUUUCAUAAACCAUGAUCUCACGUGGUUGAAUCAACAGGUGCUAUCUUCUCUUCGCCUUAAAGAUACAAAUGCAGUAAAAAAAUGCUGGUGUACGGAUGGAAAGAUUUUUGCGACAUUCAUGGACGACCAAAAUGGAAUAAAACGAUUUAAGACAAAAGAAAUCAAGUUUGUCGAUUUUGAUUACUGGUUGAACCUUCCGUGGCCAGGAAAAGGAAAUCCCAAAUAGACUAUUUAGAGAUAAAACAUGAUAAUAUGGACAGCCUUUGACUUUAAAUUGUUUUCUCCCUAAAUAAACAGUUAUACGGAAUAUGAAAAUGCUAAAACUUAAGUUACAAUGAUUUUAAAAUAACAAAUGUCUACAUAUACUUGACAUUUAGCAAAAAAAUUUGUUUGCUUUUGCUUUUGUUGUUUAUUUAUUCAAUCUUUUUUAGGUAUAGUCUCUGUAAUGAUCUUGUCUUUUUUACCAAGACAUUACCCUAGAGAUAUUUUCAUGCAUAUCUUUGUGUUUAGCGUGACUUAUAAUAAUAAAUAAUAAUAAUAAUAACAAUAAUAAAAGCAAUAAUAUUAAUAAAAAGCAAUAUAAUCAAUAAAAUAAUCACAAAGAUAGAUUUUUUUUAGUAUGUUUAAACAUGUUUUUUUGUUGUUGUUUUUUUUUAAUCUCUCUGUAAUGAUCUUUUCUGUUUCGUUUUGUUUUUCGCUUUUUCGCAAAGACAUUACUUUGAGGUUCUUUUUCAAUAUAACUUUAAUUUAGUGAUACACUAUUCAUUGUGCUUUAAAAAAUUUUGUUUUUGUUUUUUCUCCAUCACUCUAUUCAUGCAGCACAUAAUAAAUGCAUAAAUACUUAGAAGUCAGUUUUAUAAAAGUGCAUAUUAUGCCUUAAAGUUAUAUCUCUGCAAGAAUCAACACUUAGCAUUUACUGUAUGCUUAAAUAUAUAUGAUGCCCAAAAUUAAUAUCUAUUGGUUUGAACUGUUCUCUUUUUUUUUUUCUCACAAUGAAACUUUUUUAUGCAUUUUUCUGUAUAUUUUUUUUUUACUCAAAGUAAAUUGUCUACCAUUUUUCUUUUUAUGUUUUUUAUUUUUCUAAGAAAUAAAUGUAAGCUUUUAAGAAAAUAUCAGACGCUUAUAUCUUAAUUUUAGCUCGAUUUUUCAAAUUACUUUUUUUAUUUAAGCUAUAUUUAUUUAAACUGAAUUAUUCUGGUUAAAAGAAGACAGUGUCUUUCAAGCACUUGUUUAUAUAUAGAAGAAAAAGAAGAAUAGUCCAGCCAUCUGGGUUCAUUUUACUCUCACAUUUUUGCAUUUAUACAAAAUGAAAAAUAUAUCCAGUCUAUAAGUGAUUUAUUUAUUUAAAUAUUCGAAAAUGAAACACAAACACAAUAUCAAAUUACUAAUAAUUCUUUUAAUAAGUCUACGUGAAAAGAAACUUAAUCACAUAUACACAGAUGAAAAACUUUUGAAUUAUACGAAAAAACUAUUGGUUGGAUAAUUUGGCCGCUCGAGACAAGACAGAUUUGACCAUGUCGAGUCUUGUGAGAAAAAAUUCCGACGACCGAAGGGAGGCAGUAUUUUCUACAAACUGUACACAACUCGACAAAACUGUACGCAACUGUACACAAAUAAAAAUUGCGUAAUUGACUUCAUUUUUAACAUUUCUAUUGUUUUUGUACUUCUAAUAUUAACGGCAACCUACAUGUAUAUACCACUGGUUACAUACUACCGCAAGCAUCGGUACCAUUAACGACGAACAAUAAAACCACUCACCAAUGAUUAGACCAAGAGAUGAAUGGUUCCACAAUUCGAGUUAAUGUUAAACAGCAACAGCAAAGGCUGUACAAUGCAAGGCAAGGCAAUGCAAGGCAAUAAAGCAAGGCUAGUUAGGAAUUGCCGAGUACUAAGGGCAA